CGUGCGCACCGCCUCAUCUUCCGUAGCACCGUAGCAGCCAUUAAGCCAGAGAGAACAUUGCGGGAAAACGGACGUUCGGAGGGAGGGAGUUCAUUCACGAUUAUCUCGAAAUUUCACCCUCGCGCUUCUGUUGCUUCCACGAUAGUAUCUGACAUUGCGGCGUUCGUGGUUGCGUAGGUCCUCCAAAACUGAGCUACAGCCACCCCGCGAGGUAUUAUCGUUUCUUUUUCUCUCCCGUGGUUUCAUCAGCGGUCUUCUCUGAGAACGCUAGGGACUGGGACACACGCUGAUGGCGGUCACAAUCGAGGAGCUUUAUCGGAACUACGGGAUCCUUGCUGAUGCUAAAGAAAACCUCAGCCAGCACAAAGAUGCAUACCAAGCAAUCCUGGACGGCGUGAGGGGAGGACCCAAAGAGAAGCGACUGGCAGCUCAGUUUAUCCCCAAGUUCUUCAGCAGCUUUCCAGAGUUGGCUGAUGCGGCCAUAAAUGCUCAGCUUGAUCUCUGCGAGGAUGAAGAUGUGUCCAUUCGACGACAAGCCAUUAAGGAGUUGCCCCGGUUCGCGACUGGCGAAAACAUUUUCAGAGUCGCUGAUAUUCUGACCCAGCUCCUUCAGACAGAUGAUACUGCAGAGUUCAACCAAGUGAACGUGGCACUGAUUUCAAUCUUCAAAAUGGAUGCUAAAGGGACGCUCGGAGGUCUGUUUUCACAGAUCCUGCAGGGUGAGGACAUCGUGCGAGAAAGGGCCAUCAAGUUCCUGGCCACCAAGCUGAAGACCUUACCAGAGGACGUCAUGACGAAGGAGGUGGAGGAUUACGUCUUCGCUGAGACAAAGAAGGUGUUGGAGGACGUCACAGGGGAGGAGUUUGUGCUCCUGAUGCGCAUGGUGUCCGCUCUGCGCGUGCUGCAGUCGGUAAACGGGCGGCAGCAGCUGGUGGAGCUGGUGGUGGAGCAGGCCGACCUGGAGCAGGCCCUCAAUCCAGCAGACCCGGACACCGUGGACCGGCUGCUGCAGUGCACCCGCCAGGCUCUCCCCUUAUUCUCUAAAAAUGUCCAUUCCACCCGAUUUGUGACUUAUUUCUGCGAACAUGUGCUGCCUAACCUCAGCACCCUGACGAGUCCCAUAGCGGAGCUGGACAUCCAGCUGGAGGUGCUGAAGCUGCUGGCUGAGAUGAGUCCGUUCUGCGGAGACAUGGAGAAGCUGGAGGCCAACCUCAACACGUUGUUUACCAAGCUGGUGGAGUUCAUGCCUCUGCCGCCUGACGAGGUUGAGAACGGCGAAAACUCUGCCAGCGAGGAGCCCAAGCUGCAGUUCAGCUACGUGGAGUGUCUCCUCUUCGGUUUCCACCAGCUGGGCAAGAAGCUGCCAGACUUUCUAGUGGACAAAGUUGAUGCCGAGCGCCUCAAAGACUUCAAGAUCAGGCUACAGUAUUUUGCCAGAGGUCUGCAGGUUUACAUCAGACAGUUGCGGAUGGCGCUGCAGGGGAAAACGGGAGACGCUCUGAAAACAGAAGAGAACAAAAUCAAAGUGGUGGCCCUCAAGAUCACAAACAACAUCAACGUCCUCAUCAAGGAUCUUUUCCACAACCCUCCGUCAUACAAGAGCACAGUGACCUUAUCCUGGAAGCCUGUCCAGAAGCCGGAGGCAGCAGCGCCCAAACGUCCGUCGAGUGAGGAAAUGGGGUCUGGCACCAGCACAAAAAAACAGAUCGCGCCUCUGCCACGGCGGGACGCCAGACAGAUUUACAACCCGCCCAGCGGCAAGUACAGCGCCUCUAUUGGCAAUUUCACCUACGAGCAGCGUGGCGGCUACAGGGGCGGACGAGGACGAGGCUUCUGGGCGAGAGGCAGCAGGAGCCGAGGCCGGAUCUACUGAGACGCACGACACUUUGCUCCCGGAACUGCAUCACAUCAGGGUCUCACCCUCACCAAAAUGGACAAUUUGUCGCCUUUUUUUUUUUCUUCCUUUUAUUUUCCCUUUGAGUUUUUUUUUUUUUUUUUUUUUUUUUUAGCACUAUAGUUUCCUUUUUAUUUUACUCUUAUUUCUAUCUGAGGUCCUGUCUUGAGUUUCUGGCUCCACCUUUUCUACUUUCCAUGACAACGUGUAGUAGCUGUAUUUCUCUUGGCCAAGGUAAUAGUAAAUCUAGAUGUGUGUGUGGAUUUUUUUCUUUUCCCUCUCCCCAUCCCUCACUCUCUCUUUCUCUCCCGCCCACCGAAAUUUUAAAACAUUUUGUGUAUUUCUGUCGAACAAAAGACUGUCAAGUCGUAACUAAAUAUUUUUGUCACAUACUGGUGGGAAGAGAUGAUCUUGUUUAGCAGCAUGUCAAUGAAUUUAUCCAUUUCUAACUUUUUAUUUAACCAUGUUUUUGUUUUUUUUUGUUUUUAAGAGCUUAAUUACGAUUGGCUGACUGCUUCUUUGUAUAAAUCAAUGAUGCCGUUUCAUUGGAUUUUUAUCAUAAACUUAAAUGGAAUUACAA